AUGUCAUUUGCGUCUAAGGUAACAUUCGCUGUUUCGUGUUUCACAACUGUUGGGAUUAUCGCUUACGUACACAUUGAACAAGCUUUGGAACGGGAACGACUUAGUGCAACAGUUCGAGAGGAAAUCGAGGCAUCUAAGGCCCUCAUAAAGGACCGAAUAGAACCAGCGUCAUCGGAAAUUCCAGAAAAGUCGUCGGGAUAG